CAGCAGCAGCUGCCCCGCCGCUGGGCCCCGCCGCGCCGCCAUGAGCCCCGCCCCCGCCUAGCCCCGCCCCGCCCCGCCCCGCCCGGCCUCGCCUCGGGCUCCCCCCGCCGCCGCUACCAGCAGCACCGGAGGCAGCGGCGCGGCCCGCGGCAGGGGAGGAUGAAGGUGACCGUGGACUUCGAGGAGUGCCUGAAGGACUCGCCGCGCUUCAGGGCAGCUUUAGAAGAAGUAGAAGGAGAUGUGACAGAACUGGAACUGAAACUUGACAAGCUGGUGAAGCUUUGUAUUGCAAUGAUUGAUACUGGGAAAGCAUUCUGUACAGCCAACAAGCAGUUCAUGAAUGGAAUUCGAGACCUUGCACAAUAUUCCUGUAAAGAUGCAUUGGUUGAGACCAGCUUGACAAAGUUCUCUGACACCUUACAGGAAAUGAUCAAUUAUCACAAUAUCCUGUUUGACCAAACCCAAAGAUCAAUUAAAUCACAGCUUCAGAGUUUUGUUAAAGAAGAUAUUAGGAAAUUUAAAGAUGCUAAGAAACAGUUUGAAAAAGUUAGUGAGGAAAAAGAGAAUGCUCUAGUGAAAAAUGCCCAAGUUCAAAGAAAUAAGCAACAUGAAGUAGAGGAAGCAACCAAUAUUUUGACAGCAACGAGGAAAUGUUUUCGGCAUAUAGCUCUGGAUUAUGUUCUUCAGAUCAACGUUCUUCAGUCUAAAAGGAGAGCAGAAAUCUUGAAAUCAAUGUUAUCAUUUAUCUAUGCCCAUCUGGCUUUUUUCCAUCAAGGCUAUGAUCUUUUUAGUGAACUCGAGCCCUACAUGAAAGAUCUUGGUGCACAGCUGGAUCAGUUGGCUGUAGAUGCUGCAAAGGAGAAGAGAGAUAUGGAGCAAAAGCACUCCACUAUUCAACAAAAGGAUUAUUCCAGCGAUGAUACUAAACUAGAAUACAAUGUAGAUGCAGCCAAUGGUAUUGUUAUGGAAGGUUAUCUAUUUAAGCGAGCCAGCAAUGCCUUCAAGACUUGGAACAGGCGCUGGUUCUCAAUACAAAAUAACCAACUUGUGUACCAGAAGAAGUUUAAGGAUAAUCCCACAGUAGUUGUUGAAGACUUGCGGCUCUGCACAGUUAAACACUGUGAGGACAUAGAAAGACGUUUCUGUUUUGAGGUGGUUUCUCCAACAAAGAGCUGCAUGCUUCAGGCUGACUCGGAAAAGCUGCGACAGGCAUGGAUUAAGGCUGUUCAGACCAGUAUUGCUACAGCAUAUAGAGAAAAAGGGGAUGAAUCUGAGAAACAAGAAAAGAAAUCAUCUCCUUCUACUGGAAGCCUAGAACCUGGCAGUGAGACAAAAGAGAAGUUGUUAAAGGGAGAAAGUGCUCUGCAGCGAGUUCAGUGUAUUCCUGGUAAUGCUGCCUGCUGUGACUGUGGUUUGGCAGAUCCUCGCUGGGCCAGUAUCAACCUAGGAAUCACGCUGUGCAUUGAGUGCUCUGGGAUACACAGGAGCUUGGGAGUCCACUUUUCAAAAGUAAGAUCUUUAACGCUGGAUUCAUGGGAACCUGAACUUCUAAAGCUUAUGUGUGAAUUGGGAAAUGAUGUUAUAAAUAGAAUAUAUGAAGCGAAGUUGGAAAAAGUGGGAGUAAAGAAGCCACAACCUGGAAGCCAAAGGCAGGAGAAGGAGGCCUACAUCAGAGCAAAAUAUGUGGAAAGAAAGUUUGUAGAGAAGCAGCCUGCAUCAGUAUCUCUGCUUGAAUCUGGAACAAAAGUUUUGCCUCAAAGUCAGGAAGAGCAAAGGCACAGUAGCCCUGAAAAACCACUUUUGGCAGGGGAACAAGGUGCGGCAUCCCAAAAAGUACAAAGCAGUGACAGUGGGAUCCAGCAGAGCGCUGAUGACAGCAGAGAACACCUUGCCUCUACUAUAUCAGCUAACAGUUUGUAUGAACCAGAAGGAUACAAGCAAGAGUCGUCUUUGUUCUGUGACUCCAAACAGCCUAGUCCAGGAUUGCAGCUGUAUCGAGCUGCCUUUGAGAAGAAUCUUCCUGAUAUGGCAGAAGCAUUGGCCCAUGGAGCUGAAGUAAACUGGGUCAACAUAGAAGAAAACAAAGCAACACCACUCAUUCAGGCAGUGCGGGGGGGUUCAUUGGUUACUUGUGAAUUCUUGCUGCAGAAUGGGGCCAAUGUGAACAUCAGGGACAUGAAAGGAAGAGGACCCCUGCACCAUGCCACAGUUCUAGGACAUACUGGACAAGUGUGUUUAUUCCUAAAACGAGGAGCAAACCAGCAUGCCACUGAUGAAGAUGGGAAAGAUCCAUUGAGUAUAGCAGUAGAAGCUGCAAAUGCAGAUAUUGUAACAUUGUUGCGUUUGGCAAGGAUGAAUGAAGAAAUGCGUGAAUCAGAAGGACUCUAUGGACAGUCAGGAGAUGAAAUUUACCAGGACAUUUUUCGUGACUUUUCUCAAAUGGCAUCAAAUAAUCCAGAGAAGCUAAACCGUUUCCAGCAGUCAGAUUCCCAGAAGUUUUAAGUAUCAAGAAGGACAAGAACCUGAUCCUUAUUGUGCACGUCUUUUUUUACUUUAACAGAACGAAUUACAUGGAUUUUGUUAGAUAGUUUGGAAAAAAUGACCACUUUAAUGUCGCGUUAGAUUGCGGUAGCUGGGGAAGUGUAUGAGUUGUUUUAUGUUCUACAAUACAUAUACCUCAGCAGCUGAAGAAAAUGUUUAAAAAGGAAUACCGGCGAGCUCAGUAUAAAAAUAGUCCCUGUUAGCAAGUAUGAAGUUUGUGGUUCAUACAUGAAGCUAGCAGAGCAUAGCUGUAUGCAUUGCGGACUCUGGAUGGCAGGGUGAUCAGACCAGCUUUGCAGUUUGGUAUCCCCAUCUGUUAUCUGCCUCCCUGUUGCCAUAAUGAAUGUGCCUCUGACAAGAAGGUCUGGGUUGCAUUUUCUGGGACUGUUUGGAAGGGAAAUCAGGUAAUGGCUUACUGAGUUGUCCUAUUUGUGGGCCUGUAACUUAACAGAUUCUCUUGUUCCUGUGCUGACUGUGGUUAGACGUAAGCUCUUAAUAACAACAGAUGGUAACUUCUGCUCUUUUGCAAGCUCUUUUUCAGUGGAAGCUUUAACACCAGGUUGGCCCUUAUGCUAGUGACUGCAGGUCAGUCACAAUAGGUGCAUAUCCUGGAGGACCAAACUUCAGAAAGCUUUUUUCCUCUUAAAUUAAACUUACUGUGCAGCAAGUACAUUUUUAAAUGAGCAUGUGGAACUUUUCAUGAAAAAUAAACUUAAUCCUGCUGGA